UGGGGGAAUGAGAGUGGAAAUUGUAUAUAAGUGGCUGCUGCAGUCUUAAAGUGUUGGUCAAUGGGAAGAAGGUGUUAGGUUGGGGGUGGUUGAUGAGUGGGAGAGUUCUGUAUAUUUUUUUAUAAGUUUAUACUUGUUUGGGUUUUUUUUCUCUUUAAAGUGACUGUUUCACUGUUACUAAAAAAGCUGUUUUAUAUGCAAACACUGUAACUGUACUUCUGUGAAGUUUUAGCAGGUAAGGUGAAAUCCUGUAGACUGACUAGGUUGGCAGUUGAAUUAGCUGUGUUUUUAACCUACAAAAUUGAGGGAAGACUCCUUUAGUGAGGGGUGAUGAGGUACUGGGAUGUAGAUUGCUCUUUGUGGCAUGUUUGGGUGUGUAACUGAACCCCAAGUCCCUUUUUCCCCUUUCUGGAAAUCAGUGUUUUUCUUGAAAGUUAUGAGCUGAUGCUGCUUCAGUGUUUCUUAAUUUAACUUGUUUUGUUUCAGUGUCUAAUAUAUGUCUCUCUCUCUCUUUUUCUCUGGUUUACUUAAAAAAAAAUAGAAGUGUAAAGAUCUGUUUGGAGGUUAAACACUCACAAUGGUUGCAACUAGCAGUUUAAGCAGUAAAAACUCUACAUGCAUUGCAGAAUUGAUACACCAAGGUUUUCACCAUUCAGACAUAACUGACUUUGACUACUGGGAUUAUGUUGUGCCUGAACCCAAUCUUAAUGAGGUGGUGUUUGAGGAGAGAACCUGUCAAACUUUAGUUAAAAUGCUGGAGAACUGUCUGUCCAGUUCAAAGCGAACAAAACUUCACUGCUCGAAAGUUCUGGUCCCAGAGAAACUAACCAAGAAAAUAGCUCAAGAUGUACUGCGGCUUUCUUCUACUGAGCCCUGUGGUCUGAGAGGGUGCGUUAUCUAUGUCAACUUAGAAAUUGGAAAUGUGUGUAAAAAGCUGGAUCAGAUUGUCUAUGACCCAAGUAUUGUUCCUACUUUUGAACUGACACUUGUGUUCAAACAGGACUGCUGCUCAUGGCCUAGUUUCAGGGACUUCUUUACUCGGGCCUGCUUUGCAUCUGGCUUCAGGCGUACACUGAUUCUGAGUCCUGGAUUUCGGCUUAUUAAGAAAAAAUUGUACUCGUUGAUUGGGACAGUAAUUGAAGAGUGCUAGUAAUACCUUCCAAGGCUUAAAGGGAGCCUGCAGCCACUACCCAGAGCUUUUCAAGAGCUGUAGCUUGCUUUACAUACUCUAAUUUGUGUGUGCAUCUAGCAACCAGUGUGCACGGUCUAUGCUGGGGAAAUGUAAGCCUCUUUUAGAUUGACCUAAAAUAUUCCUCAUUCAGUUAACUGUCUGCCUUCCUAGGUUAUUGUACUGUCUGCUGCAGAAAAGGGUGGAACUGGAGGGAGCAAAAUGAUCUACUUGAAACUUUCAGGAGUUAGUAUCUAGUUCUGUGAGUCCUGAGGCUAGCCUAGUAUUUAUGUAGAAGCUUUAAACCCCAGAAAUAACCAUAAAUCUAUAUGCUAGUAAUAAUUGCAAAAGGAUUUGCCAAAAAGCACCCCAAAACAAACAUGAAAAACCAGAACCCUAUAACUUCUAGAGAGCUUGGUUUUUAAUCCUGUUUUGGAUAAUCAAAAAUGACUCUGACAGCUUAGUGCAUGACAUUCCCUUGCUCAAACAAGAGAUGGCUCUUGUCUCUCAAGUGAUAAAUCUGGUGUGAAAGUAAAUAUUUCACAAUUUUAUUAGGGGCUAUGAAACAAACACAGUUUUCUUGGUCUGAAGACCAUGACAACUUGCACUGCAAUCUCAGCAACGUGCACUUUUUACACUUCUAAAGUGUUGUAAGAAGCAAACUCAUGGUGGGGGGGAGGAGGGGAAAGGACUGUUUAAUUGCUAGUUUAAACCUGAGGGGGGUGGGACUUUGGCUUUUCAUGCAAUACAGGCAGUGAAGAGAUCUAAAUGCAAGAUUUACCUCUGAAGCAGCAAUGGUAAAUCAUUGUCUUUUUUUACACCCUUGCCUACCUCAUCCAAUAUCGAACAUGGGUUGCUUUUAGUAGUCAGGGGUUUCCCCUCUCUCAGUGGGCAGAAAGCUAGAACUUCUGUCACAUCCCUUCUCUCUAGGUGGAACCAAGGAACAACUCAGUUUGGUUCCCCCUCUUCAUGGUUUGCUGGUUCCUUUUCCAAAUACGGCUGACUUGUCUAUUCUGGCUUGUCAGUUCAAGUUCUGCGUGGGGGAUGCUCUUUUGUGCCUCCGUCCUGAACACCGAGUCAGUAGCCUUCUUUUUCUCUUCCUGAAAUGUUCAGGCAGUAGAUUCUCUUUCCAGAAACUGACCUCUUCACUCUCCAAAGAUGGUAUAGCUAGUGUUGAAGCUCUGCUUUGCCUCUCCAUCCUUGUUCACAAAUAUGCCUCUUCCCUGUGAAACCUGUACUUCAAUUUUACACCCUUUUUGCUGAAAACCAGCUGGCUUCCCCCUCCCCCCCCCCCCCCCCCCCCCAACACUCUCACACACUCUCAGCCAAACUGGUUAGUUACCUAAUUUUCAAAUCUGGACUGAGUUAUCAUUUUGUUCUUUCGGAGGAAAGGGAACAUAAAUCCUGGCUGUCACUCAUAACAAAAUCAACAGCUUUUUGGAACCAGACCAUAAACUCAAAAUAGGCAGAUUAUGGAAUGUGGUAGGAGAAAUAAGGGAGGGAGCACUUCCCUAUUUCCUCUCAGUAGCUUAUCUGGGUCUGUACCACUCUUCUGAGGGUUAAUACUGGAGUGCUACAAUGUUUUGGUUGAUGGCAUCCAGAUUUCAUGGAUAAUGACUUCAUAACAGAUGAUAGGAACUGCCUUGUCAUGUACAUAGGAACAUUUCAGAUCCUAGCAACCAUUUAUUUGCAGACUCUUAUCUUGCAAGUAUUUGAGCUACAUCAGCAUGCAUGAGACAGUUAUGGCACAAUUUGACACUCCAAGUGUGUGGGUGAAUGAGGAGGGAAUGUGUUGUGUUCUUCACUAAAUCACAUGCUAUAGGUGUACAAUAUACUUAGCUUUGGAUUACAGAAUUGCACAAUUUUUAAUGUUUGUAAGCUACCACAUUUUGGCAGUUAAGCUUCUUGACUUUUCAGAAGUGGACCAUUAUAAGCUGACUUCUUUUGCACUUGUACUGUUUUUAAUAUUUUAAUGUCAAACAAUGCCUUAGUGUGGUGUCAUUCUUGUAUUGUGGGAUUUCUUCACACUGCUGUACAAUGCUGGUCCCAUUCGCCUUGUCUUGGCUUUUUAGUUUCAAUAUGGCAGUUACUUGCUGGCACUGUCCUAAAACCUAACUUCUGUGAAAAGAAAUGUAUUUGUCUAUUUGACAAUAAAGAUUUAUAUUUUUUAA